AUGGAUGUCAACAAGCUUGUUAGGUUUGCAUCAUCCGGCAUCCUCUCAGACAACCGAGCAAAUGGCACCUGCAGGGCGAGGAACCAUAAGAGCACGGCCAUCCAGAAUGGAGUACUACCCACCAAGAGACGCUACGACUCCUUUGUCCUCACUGCUGGAGCCUCCAGAGAAAUAGCCGCUGAAGCUGUACCCACCAAAAGGACCAAACAGGAGACCCUCUUAACCAAUAAAAGGAUCAGGUCCACCAAGGUCUCCAUGAAAGCAUCUCUUAGAACCAAACGCAAGACCAGAACAAAACUGGACAGCCGUAAAAAUAAGAAGAGGGUCAAAUCCACAAAGGGGUCAGGGAAAACCACAUCAGGCAGGAAGAACACAAAACCAGAAUCCCUCCUAAAGAAGAGGGGUGCCAUGAAGACCACUAAAGUGUCCGUGAAGGUUGGACCAGCGAGGGGCACCAAGAGGAAAGCUGACACAAAGCUCGAGACCCUCACAAAGAAGCAGAAGAUGUCAGUGAAGGUUGUACCAGUCAAAGACUCCAAACAGAAAACCAGACCCCAGACCCUCAUGAGGGGUAAAAGCAAACCUAAAGUCAAACCAGAGACCCUGAUGAGGAGACGAAAGGGUAAAUCCAAACUAGAGACUCUAACGAGGAGGCAAGGAGGUAAAGACAAGCUGAGGAGGCGACAAAGAGGUCAAACCAAUGAGAGCUCUGUGAGGACCCGAUCUAAACGGAAGGUUAACCCAAAACCAGAGACCUUGACAAGGAGGCAGUGGGUCAAAGCCACCCAGAUGUCCAUGAUCCGACAGGCUGAGAAACGUCUCCUGGCCACGACCAGUCAAGCCUCGUUCCUGCAGAAGUAUCAGCAGCUGGAGAAGAUCGGCGAAGGAGGCUUUGGAUCCGUCUACGCUGGGUACCGGAAACAUGAUGCUUUCGCUGUGGCCAUCAAACACAUCCCCAAAGAUGAAGUCAAGAUAAUCCCACUGAACAUAAAUGGAAGGAAGCAGGACGUCCCCUUGGAGGCGCUGCUCAUGCUUCAGGCGUCCUCUAUCAAGGACGCAGACGGCAAGUCGGCCGUGGUGUCUUUACUGGACAAAUACGACCUGGAGCAGGAGCUGGUGUUGGUCAUGGAGAAGCCGGUACGAUCUGUGGACAUGUUCACCUACAUCACCAAAUGUCGGCUUGGACACCUCAAGGAACACGAGGCAAAGAACAUCAUGAAACAACUGGUGGACGCAGCUAUCAAAAUGCACGCCGUCAAUGUUUUUCAUCGAGAUCUCAAACCAGGAAACAUUCUUUUGGAAGCCACCUACGGCGUCCCUCGAGUGCGGGUCAUAGACUUUGGCUGUAGCUGCUUCGUGACGGAGGAACCUUACCACGACUACACCGGGACUCUAUCUUACGCUCCUCCGGAGUUUGUCCUCAGGGGGACGUACAGGGCCGGCCCAACCACAGUGUGGCACCUUGGGGCCAUGCUUUUUGAACUACUAGCUGGAACUAAACAGUUUGACACCCUCCUGUUCAUCUCGCAGAUGCUUGGACUGAACCGUGUUCUAUCCCAAGAUUGCCGAGAUUUCUUGCAAAUGUGCCUAAAUUCCGAUCCAGAUCAGCGUGCCACCCUGGUGCAGAUACAUCAGCAUCCGUGGCUCCUUUGAAGCUGCACAACACCCCUAAAGACAUCUCCCCUGAACCAAUAUUGUGGACUCU